ACCCCCCCCUCGAGACCCCGCAGAUGAGGGGGGCUCGGCGGGGCCGGGUCCCCCCCCGUGUCCCUGCCCGGGGCCCGGUGGUCCCGGGGAGCGGCGGCGCGGGCGGGAGGCGUUUAGGACCCAGCAGCCCGGUUGGUGCGGGAGCAUCCCUCGCCGCAGCGGCUCCAGCACCGGCCCCGGCCCCGAGCAUCCCCGCCCGGCUCCGGCCGGGGGCCCGUGGAGCCCCCCCCGGGGCACGCGGCUCUGCCCGGCGGAGAGGAGCGGGGAGAUGAGCGGGGCCGGGGGGCACCCCUGGGUGCACUGAGUGCCGCGGGCUCGGCAGAACCCAUCCCGCACCAGCACAGCGGGGCCGGGAGAUGGCCCGGAGCCGGUGUCGGGCGUAGGGUGGCAGAGAUGUGAGCACCCAGCGAUGCCCCGCGGCCCUGCGCCGGAGGCCCCGAGGAUGGGCGAUGGGCCGGUGAGCGCAGCGGCACAGCAUGGAGCCCUCCCUGCCCGCCCCCUGGGCCUGGAACGGCUCUAGGGCGGCGCGGGCGCUGCAGCCCUCCCCGGGCCCCAUGCCCCCCAACAGCACGGCCGACGGCAAGCCCAAGGACGUGGCCUCCAAGUCGGUGGGGCUCUUCUUCAUGCUGCUCAUCGACCUGACGGCCAUCGUGGGCAACGCCGCCGUCAUGACCGUCAUCGUGAAGACGCCGGCGCUGCGCAAGUUCGUCUUCGUCUUCCACCUCUGCCUGGUGGACUUCCUGGCCGCCCUCACCCUCAUGCCGCUGGAGAUGCUCUCCGGCUCGUCCAUCUUUGACAGCCCGGUUUUCGGCGAGGCCAUGUGCCGCGUCUACCUGUUCCUCAGCGUCUGCUUCAUCAGCAUGUGCAUCCUCUCCAUCUCCACCAUCAACGUGGAGCGCUACUACUACGUGGUGCACCCCAUGCGCUACGAGGUGCGGAUGACGGUGGGGCUGGUGGCCUGCGUGCUGGUCGGCGUCUGGCUCAAAGCCGUGGCCACCUCCCUCGUGCCCGUGCUGGGCUGGCUGUCCCCCGACCGCCCGCCGGCGCCCGCCGGCCGCGGCUGCUCCUUGCAAUGGAGCCGCGGCCCCUACUGCAAGUUCUUCGUGGUCUUCUUCGCAGCCUUCUACUUCCUCCUGCCCCUCCUCAUCAUCGUGGUGGUCUACUGCAGCAUGUUCAAGGUGGCGCGGGUGGCAGCCAUGCACCACGGUCCCCUGCCCACCUGGAUGGAGACGCCGCGGCGGCGCUCCGAGUCGCUCAGCAGCCGCUCCACCAUGGUGACCACCUCGGGGGCCCCCCGCACCACCCCGCAGAGGACGUUCGGGGGGGGCAAAGCAGCCGCCAUCCUGCUGGCCGUGGGGGGCCAGUUCCUCUUCUGCUGGCUGCCCUACUUCUCCUUUCACCUCUACACGGCCCUGAGCGCCCAGCCCUUGGCGGGGCCAGCGGCCGAGACCGUGGUCACCUGGCUCGGCUACUUCUGCUUUACCUCCAACCCCUUCUUCUACGGGUGCCUCAACCGGCAGAUCCGCGGCGAGCUGGGCCGGCUCCUCACCUGCUUCUUCAAGCAGCCGCCCGAGGAGGACCUGCGGCUGCCCAGCCGCGAGGGCUCCAUCGAGGAGAACUUCCUGCAGUUCCUGCAGGGCACCGGCUGCCCCGCCGAGCCCCGGCCCCGCCUCGACACCCCCAGCCCCAAGCGGGACCAGCCCCCCGUUGACUUCCGCAUCCCGGGACAGGUCGGCGAGGACGGGGCCGAGGGGCCGGAGCGGCGCGGUGCUGACGGGACCCACGCGGCCGCCCCCGUCCCCGUCCCCCCGGGGCUGUAGCGUCCCCGCGGUCGCGUUCGGCUCAAACACGGCUGCACGGGGACGGCUGCCCCGCUCCGCUC